AUGACAGACCCAACCCCAACCCGCCAACUCCACCUAACAGCCUUCAUGCGCCCAGUAUCCCUACACACAGGAGCGUGGCGGUACCCAGGUUCAUACCCCGACGCAAACUUCAACCUCCAACACAUAACGCACUUCGCCCAAAAGCUCGAAGCCGCCAAAUUCGACGCCUUCUUCAUGGCCGACCAUCUAGCCGUGCUAAACAUGCCCAUCGAAGCCCUGAAGCGCAGCCACACAGUCACAUCCUUCGAGCCCUUCACCUUACUCUCCGCGCUGUCAGCAGUAACCGAGAAGAUUGGCUUGGCCGCAACAGCCAGCACGACCUACGAUGCACCAUACCAUGUUGCACGUCGCUUCGCCAGUCUGGACCAUCUGAGCAAUGGCCGUGCAGCGUGGAACAUUGUUACGACUGGCAAUCCGGAAUCAAGCCAUACUUUCGGGUUCGAUGAGCACAUGACGCAUAGUGAUCGGUACAAGCGUGCGCGCGAGUUCUACGAUGUCGUCACGGGUCUUUGGGAUAGUUUUACUGAUGAUGCGUUUACACGGGAUGUGGCGAGUGAGGAGUACUUCGAUCCGGGCAAAAUGCAUGUUUUGAAUCAUGUGGGUGAGGAACUGAAGGUGCGUGGCCCGUUGAAUAUUGCGCGGCCGGUGCAGGGUUGGCCUGUUAUUGUUCAGGCUGGACAGAGUGAGCCUGGAAGACAGCUUGCUGCUGAGACUGCCGAGGUUGUUUUUUGUAGUCCCAGGGAUAUGGAGGGGGCCAAGGUUCUCUAUGCUGAUAUUAAGGAGAGGGUUGUCCGGGCUGGACGCGAGAGGGAUCAUCUGAAGAUAUUGCCUGCUGCGUUGAUUAUUGUUGGGGAUAGUAAGGAGGAUGCGCAGGCGAAGAGGUUGGCGUUGGAUAGUCUUGUGCAUUAUGAUAGUGCGCUGGCUUCUUUGUCAAUUUCGCUUGGGGUUGAUGUUGGUGCUUUUGAUCCUGAUGGGCCUUUGCCGGUUGAUCUGCCUGAGACGAAUGCGAGCAAGACCAGCAGGGAGAGUGUUGAAUUGUUGGCUAAGAAGGAGGGUCUGACUAUUCGCCAACUUGCGCAGCGGUACGGAGGGUAUUCGGGGCUGGCUUUCCUUGGUUCGCCGAGUGAUAUCGCUGACGAGAUGGAGACUUGGUUAACGGAGGAGGCCUCGGAUGGCUUCACUUGCACAUUCCCUUUCUUGCCUCAGGGUCUGGAAGAGGUGACGGACAGGCUGAUUCCAGAGCUGCAACGGAGAGGUCUGUUCCGCACGGAUUAUACGGGCUCGACGCUGCGUGAACACUUCGGUCUGCCGAGGCCAGAAAACCGCUUCUUCGGCGAGGCAUGA